CCUCCGCACAAUGCAGGCUGCCGGCCGAGCGGGGCAGCGGCAGCAGGCCCCCCCCCCGCCGCCGAGCCCCCCGCCCGACCCCGUAGAGAUGCUCCGGGGGAGGCACCGCGCCGUCGCCGCAGAAAGGCCAGCUCACCUCUCCCAUCGCAUGCCCUGGUCGGGACACCGGCAGCAACGUAUAAAUGGCCUCGAAACGGCACUUGGAGUCUCUGGACCCCACGAUUUUCAACAAGCUACCUCGGCUGGAAACGGAGCCCGCCGCCGCCGGCUUCCCCGCCGGCCUUUGCAAAUCCAGCCCCGUGCCCAACCCCGGCUCCGAAAACCAUUUCAACUACAAGGGCUCCUACUUCGCCUGCCCGCUGCAAAGCCCCGACGGCCCCGAGCAGCCCCUGGCGCGCUGGAGCCCGGCGACCGCCUACCUGCACUAUGGCACCGGUGCCGGCAGCCAGCCCGUGCCGGCGGAGGGGCCGCUGGUGAGCUGCCUGCUCUACCGACCCGACGGCCCGGGGACCGGGCUGCAGCCCCCGGGCGCCGAAAAGGCCGAGGACGGUCCGACGCAGGAGCCGCUGAUGGUGAGGGAGAAGUGGUCCAGCCCGCCGCCGGCUCCGGGACAUCCCUUCCCGGUGAAGAAGCCGGUGGCGGUGAACAAGGCGGCCCCCCUGGCUGUCCCCAAGCCGGUGUACAGAGCCCCCGCGUGCUUUAUGGACCCCAGGAUGGCUCUGCCGCUGGGACCCCGGGCGGAGAGCCUGCAGCAGAGACCGGGGGAUGCAGACUGGGCUCUGCCCGCCGCCGCCCCCGCCAGCCACCCUCUCCACCCCGGAGAGCCCCGCGGCAGCACCGGGCUGCGCAAGAGGGGUCCCCGCUCCAACCCCGGCCUCCCGCCGCCGCACCCCAGCCUGGCGCUGCCCGCCAAGGAGAAGGUGGGCUCCCCCGUCGCCUUCUCCCCCUACUACGCCGCCUUUGAGAAAUACGGGGCCCCCCCCGGCAACCCCUUCCUGGAAGCCAGCUGCCCCACCGCCCACGGCCAGAGGAAGGUGCCCGAGGCCGCCAGCCUCAGCCCGGACCCCUGGGCCAAGCUCCAGCCACCCACCGCCGGCCCGGUGUACCGGGAGAGACCGCCGGUGUGCUACCCGCACACCCACUACCCGCUGCCCCUCCAAAAAGCUGCCCUCCUCUACCACCCCCCGGCUCCCACCGUGGAGGCACAGCCCAGCGCCCUGCCCGGCGCCUACAAAGGUUUCGGCUUUGCGGGAAGCGGGGAGCCCUUUCCCGGCUCUUACUUUAAGCCCCAAGCCCCAAGGGGCUAUUUUCCCAGCCCCUUGGACACCUACGUGCCGAGGGCGGCCGGCACCGGCGCGGCGGCAUCGCCGCCCGCCAAGUCGGCGGUGCUGCCGAGGGACGCCGAGCCGCCGCGGCGAGCCGGCUACGUGCCGGGCCCCGGCUUUGCCUUCGGCCCCGGCGACGUGGCCUUAUUCGGUACCUCCUUUGCCGGCGCGGAGCCGGGUUGCGAGUGGCACCGGGUGGAAAGUCCCCAGCGGCGAGCGGCAGCGAGGCACGACGGUGCUUUCCAACCCAUCUGCGCCCCGGAGAAGGUGCCCGGGGGGUCCGGGGGGCUCGCGGAGAUGUUUUUCAAAGGAGAAGGGGGCUGGGUGAAACCCAGCCAGGGGGAGCAGGAGCCCCCUUACCCGGGGAGGAGGAGGGCCAGCCCGGCCCCCCAGGAGACCCCCCGUGGGGGACCGCCGGCUCCCGUCAUCGCAGGCAAGGGAGAUGCCUGCAAGGUCAAGGACGCAGCCAAAGAGCUUGUCCUCCUUUCUCCGCCCGCCUCCCCCCCGCAGGGACUGAAAGACCCGAGGGACGGCGAGGUUUCUCCUUCCUCCCCACCCAUGCCAGUGAUCAACAACGUCUUCAGCCUGGCACCUUACCGAGACUACCUGGAGGGGACCGAGGGCUCGGCCCCGGUCCCCUUCUGCAGGGAGCAUCUGCGGGGGGACACCCCACCCCAAAACAUGGGGGGCAGCCGGGAGCCCUCUGCCCUCGGAGACGUCUUGGUGAUGUCCAGCCUGCUGCCCGCGGGGUCGGUGGCCGGCUGGGGGCCGAAGACGGGCAGCGGUGCGGUCCAGAGCCCAGGGGAAAGCUGUUACAGAAGGGUCCCCGAAGAGCCGAAGCUUGUGCUCCGAGAUCCGGGGUCUCGGGAGGGCAGCCCUGAUGGGGUGGGCGGCGGGCAGCCGGCCCCCGAGGACGUGGUGCUGGACCUCAGCUUGAAGAGAAGGAAAAGCGGGGAGACCCGGGGACCCGUCAGCCGUGCGGAGGGGACGCCGGACGAGGAGGAGGUGGAGGAGGAGAAAGAGGGUCCUGGGGGGGAGCUGGGGGUGGAAGAGGGGGCCAAGCCCCAGGUGCUGCCCUUGCUGCUCGAGGUGGCCUCUGGGGACAAGAGCAACUUCCAGAGCUCGGCCACCUUCAUGUUCAAAAAAUACAAGAUCCUGCGCUCCCUCCUGCCCGGCGCCGUGCCCCCCCGGCAAGCCGGCAGCCCCUGCGCCCCCCAGCCGAGCCCGCCGCCGCCGGCCCCCCCCAGCAGCAUCCCCAGCCCACCUCCGCGGACCCCCCCCGCCUCCCCGCCGGCCAGCAGCCCCCCGGCCCCGCAGCCCGCUCCCCAGCCCAGCACCUCCGCUCUGCAGGAGGCUCGCCCGGACCCGCAGCAGCCCCCGCUGCCCGAAGCCCCCCGAGCCGCGGGAGAGGAGAACGUCUCGCUUUCCGGGCAGCUGGAGGCCCUGGACCCGCAGACCUCCGCCGAUCAGUAUUUCACCACCCUGCACACGUGGCUCUGCGACGUUAUCUCGUGCUCGGUGUCCAAGUCCUCCCCAGAGCUCCUGCAGGAGUGGUUGAAGAAGGCAGAGCUGGUGGAGGAGCUGGGCGAGAUGCCCAAAUCGCCCUCCAAACCCAAGAACGGCUCCAGGAUCCCCGAACCUCACAAGCUCACCAAAGGCAAGGAGAUCUGGCUGGCUUUCCAGGACGUGGCCGCUCUCCUCGCCAACCUGCUCUCUCAGCUGCAGACCUUCAUGUUCGCUCGCAAGUGUCCUUUCCCCCACGUAGUCCGGGCAGGGGCCGUCUUCAUCCCCAUCCACGUGGUGAAGAAGAAGCUCUUCCCCAAGCUCUCCGGGGCCUCCGUUGACCAAGUCCUGCAGGAGCACAAGGUGGAGCUGCGCCCCACCACGCUCUCGGAGGAGAAGCACUUGCGGGACCUGGAGCUGAAGAGCUGCACCUCCCGCAUGCUGAAGCUCCUCGCGCUCAAGCAGCUCCCCGACAUCUACCCGGACCUGCUGAACCUCCACUGGCACAACUCCAUCAGGCAGCACCUCGGUAGCCCUGGCGUGGAGGCGCUGAAAGCUGAUGGCAAAGCAAUAGCCACGGAUAGCACGAAGAAAAAGGACGCACGAAGCAACGUGCCAAGGGCGACAGCCGAACCGCCCGCCCGUGAGGACGGGAAAAGGAAGGUCCCCCUCGUCCCCAGAGCAGGGUCCUCUCCCGGCAGCGACACGGCCGCCGAGACGAAGGAGGCCGUCACCAGCAGACCUGCAGGGAGAUGCUCGGCUCUCACCGGCGGGGCGGCUGCGCCCGAGGAUGGGGACAGAUCCUGCCAGGAUGCUGGUGCCCGGAGGCCAUCGGUACCGCAGGGACCCUCCGAGGACGAUGCUCGGGGUGGAAAACAGUGACAGGGACACGUGGUCCAGAGAUGCUCCAGGGCCAUGAGCAGGGAUGGCUGGUGUGGUACCCUGGCCCAUGGGGAUGGGCUCGAGCCCCUCGCAGCCGCUGGAGCUGCGUUUCUUCUAAUGCGUCGUCUUUUAGCGCAUCUCCCACCUCCAUCCACAACCGGCCAGGCUGCAGCCAGUGAACCGGGAGGGAAGGGCUGGAGUUCCAGCGGAGCUGGAGGGCUGGAGCAGCGUUUGUACCCGCAAGAGCAGUAUGGAAAUGGCCACACCAUCGUUCUCAGCCUUGGAGAAAGGCUGGCUACGGCAGGGAUGAUUUACCACGGCCCCUCCUCUCUCCUCUAACUCGCCUCUUCUGCUUUAUACAUGCCGUUCCCGCUAAACAUACCUUCCUCCUGGUUUUUAAUCUUUGAAGUGCGACGGAGACUUAAGGCAACGUUAAGGGUCAAGGGAAUCGCAACUUCUGUAGUCACAGGACUGACUUUUUGGUUGUUUCAGAUGAAGACAUUUUAAAAAUGUUAUGAACCUACCUUUAUAAGGAGCUGCUGCCUUCAGGUUAUGUGGUUUUUUUUUAAAAAAAAAAGUAAUUUAUACUUGUCUCUUUAUUUAAACUCACGGUUUCACCUGUUUACCGUGCUGGACCAAGGCGGCGGGAGUGAGCUGUUCAGGCUGAGAGUUUCAGUCCCAAUCAUAGCUGAAAAAGGCUGCAAGAAAGAUUUAAAGACUAUUAAAGAAAACCAAACCACUCUAGAACACAGAUCCCAGAUGUCCCAAAGCAGAACAUGGGAGAUGCACAUUUGGGGAUGACCUUGAUGGAGACAUGGCAACCCUGGUGUGACCGGAGGGGCAGGAGAGGGGAGCGAUGCUGCGAGACCUUGGAAGGAGAGAUCCUAUCCAUCCUUCCGCGGGCGCCGAAAUGUUGAUGGGCAUCCCAGGAGGGAUCCCGGCAGCCGAGGAGACGGACGGAUUUUCCCUCGCCCGGUCUGCAGCAGCGGUACGCAGCAGAGGCCUUACAAACUCGACACUCAGGUGUUUCUCCAGCUGAUGCAGGGCGUGGAGGAACAAAAUGAGGAUUAUUAUUAUUUUUUAGUUCACUACAGAAAAUAUUUAUUUUAAACUAAGAAAACGGAGGGGGGGGAAAAAGAAAAAAAACCCUACCCAAACCAUACCAUAGACUCUUUUUAGCCAAAAGGUGUGUUUGCUGGCCUGGGGAGGCGGUGGCUGCCACUGCCAUGUUUUCUGUGGGUGCCUUUCUGGUUUUCGACUGGGAUGUACUGGCCAUGUGGGGGACGGGGAAGGGGGGACGCUGCUGUUCUCCUCACUCUCCCUUGCCACGCCAUGUCUGUGCAUAGCAUUGUAAAGCAAUUUGGAAAGCAGUGUUUGUUAAUAAUAUUGUAAUUUUUAUAUAUAUAUAUAUAUAUAAGGUGCCAGGGAAGAAAGUUCCUUCACUUUAUUUAAUAUUUUGUAAGAAUAUGAAUUUUAAGAGGUGCCUCGCCUGAUUAAAAGGGUUUGGCUCGUUUCCAAACA